ACAGAGAAAUGAGUUUCCGCGUAGAGAGAUGAGACGGACACUGUUUGUUUGAAGGAUGAAUUAACAAAAAGAAAAUGAACGAAAAAAAGAAGAAGAUUUGAUUCACAUCUUUUUCCUUUAAUUUUCUUUUUUCUUUUCUUCUUGAAAUCUUGAUGGAGAACUCAAAACACACAACGUUCGCUUUUGACACAUAAGCCCAUAGAUAUUCAAUUCUUUUUCUUUGACAAAUUCACACCUUAUUUUCACACCAUCCAUCCCUUCCCCUACAUAUAAAACCUUUCUUCUUCUCUCUCCCCAAAUCUUUUUCCUCUCCAAAGCCAUCUCUCAACUUCAACUUCAACUUCAACCAAACACAUAGCCCUUUUUUAAUAAUAAAUCUUGCUAGGGUUAUUAUUAUAUGGAUCCUCCUCUUCAUCACCAUCAUCAUCAACAUCAUCAGCAGCAACAACAACAUCAGUUUAGUACUCAUCAAAGUGUGAAUAUAGAUACAACUAGUGGUGGAGGGAUUAAUAUCGGUGCUAGUACUGGCGGGGAUAGGUUCCCUCAAUGGAGUAUUCAAGAAACAAGGGAUUUCUUGAUGAUUCGAGCCGAGCUGGAUCAAACUUUCAUGGAAACAAAAAGGAACAAGCUUCUAUGGGAAGUCAUAGCCACAAAGAUGAAAGAAAAAGGUUACAAUCGCAGCCCUGAACAGUGUAAAUGCAAGUGGAAAAAUCUUGUUACGCGCUAUAAGGGAUGUGAAACGCUUGAGCCGGAAGCUCUACGACAACAAUUUCCAUUUUACAACGAGUUGCAAGCGAUUUUAGGAGCUAGGAUGCAGAGAAUGCUGUGGAUAGAGGCAGAAAGUGGUGCCAGUGGGUCGAAGAAGAAGGCUAUUUCUUCUGAUGAAGAGGAAGAAAAUGAGGAUAGUGAAGGAGAAAAAGUUAGCAAGAAGAAAAGAAAGGUUAAGGGAAAUGUUAACAUUGGUAGUUCUAGUGGUAGUGUGAAUUUAGUGAGUAGUUUUAAGGAGAUAAUGGAUGAUUUCAUGAAGCAACAAAUGGCAAUGGAAAUGCAAUGGUUAAAAGCUUAUGAAGCGAAGGAAGAAGAGAGGAGAGUAAAGGAGAUGGAAUGGAGGCAAACAAUGGAGGCUUUAGAAAAUGAGAGGCUAAUGAUGGAAAGAAGAUGGAGAGAAAGGGAAGAACAAAGGAGGAUGAGAGAAGAAGCUAGAGCUGAGAAGAGGGAUGCACUUAUUACAACUCUUUUGAACAAGCUCAGAAGAGAAGAUCACAACAUGUGACUUACAUGGUCAGACCUCUCUAUAACAACCAUCAUCUAUGUUAUAUCAUAUGUUUCUAUAGCAGCAUUUCGCUAUCGCAGCCAAAAGUAUCAGAACAAACAACAUCGUUAUACAGAGGUUUGACUGUAAUUUAGGGUAUAAAGGAAGUGGAGUAUUAGCUAGCUAGCUGAGUAGACUAACUGUUUUCUUUGAUUAAAUUUUGCUGAUGAUCAUGUUCUGGGGAUGUUAAGAAGAUGAAAAAAAGAAGCCCUUUGAUCAGAGGUUUGUCUUGCAACUCUCUUCUUGUAGUGAAAAUCGAACUAAGUGCUCCAUGCAUUUUAUGCAUCUUCUUUCCUUUUGCAAGUUUAUAAAAUGUCUCACUUUCUUGAUUUU